AUGCACCUGAUUAUUGACGGCUUCGGCGGUGACGCCGAUAUGAUGUGGGACACGGAACGUUUGCGGUCAUUCCUCGACGAAUAUCCGUCCAAUUUGGGCAUGACCAAGAUCACCGUACCGGAAGUCCUGGAAUACCACGGGCCAAACCCCAGUGACGGUGGCAUAUCCGGUUUCGUUAUCAUUGCCGAAAGCCACAUCAGCGUACACACUUUCCCCCAUCGGGAUUACGUCAAUAUCGACGUCUUCUCCUGCAAGUCGUUCGACCACGAACAAGCCCUUGCCGACGCGCAAUCGCUGUUCAAUCUAACCCAGGUCAAAUCCUGGCUCCUCGACCGCGGCCUGGAGUGGCAGGACGCCGACCAGGGAAUCGUUGAAACCAGCCGCCAGCGCACUUUCCUGCAGGCUGCGGCAUCCGGUUCCCCUGUUGGCUGA